GUGACGUGACCUUACCGACGUAGAAUGUUGUGACAGAAAGUUGCCAGACGUCGCGCAGCAACCGCGGUGACAAAGGAGUGUGAGCGUUCGAAACAGACAAUGUGCGGAAUUUUUGCCUACCUCAACUACCAUGUACCGCAGACUCGAAGAGAGAUUAUUGAAACCUUGUUUAAGGGACUGCAGAGACUAGAAUACAGAGGUUAUGAUUCUGCAGGUGUUGGAAUUGACAGCGGUAAUAACAAGGAGUGGGAAGACAAAGGGAAGCAAAUCUCUAUCAUUAAAAGAAAUGGGAAAAUAAAGACUUUGGAAGAGGAAGUAAACAAACAAGAAGACGUUGACUUUGAUGCUGAGUUUGAAACGCAUUUUGGCAUUGCACACACUCGCUGGGCAACACAUGGCAUUCCAAAUAUUGUUAAUAGUCAUCCCCAGAGAUCUGAUAAGGACAAUGAGUUUAUCGUCAUUCACAAUGGCAUCAUUACGAACCACAAGAAUUUGCGAAAGUUCCUGGAGAGCAAAGGGUAUGAGUUUGAGUCUGAAACGGAUACAGAAUCGAUUGCAAAACUGAUCAAAUAUGUCCAUGAUAACAGUGAGAAUGAGAACAUCAGCUUUGCCACCCUGGUUGAGAGAGUCAUCCAGCAACUGGAAGGAGCUUUUGCCUUGGUAUUCAAGAGUGUCCAUUUCCCAGGGCAAGCUGUCUGUACCAGAAGAGGAAGCCCUCUGAUGAUUGGUGUAAGGAGUAAUCACAAACUUUCAACAGAUCACAUCCCAGUUCUGUAUCGUACAUGUAAAGAAGUGACAAAAUCCUGCCUGGUUUCUCGCACCGAUGACACCUCAUUGUACCCAGUCGGGGAAGAGAAGUCAGUGGAGUACUACUUUGCAUCAGAUGCCAGCGCCAUCAUUGAGCACACAAACCGAGUGAUUUUCCUGGAGGAUGAUGAUGUGGCAGCAGUGGUUGCAGGCUGCCUUUCAAUUCACCGGGUAGAACGUACGCCAAGCGACUGCCCAGCGCGUGGCAUCCAGACCCUGCAAGUGGAGAUGCAGCAGAUGAUGAAAGGCAACUAUAGUUCCUUUAUGCAGAAAGAAAUCUUUGAGCAGCCAGAAUCGGUGGUGAAUACCAUGAGGGGAAGAGUCAAUUUUGAAAACAACACAGUGAUCCUCGGUGGACUGAAGGAUUCAAUUAAAGAAAUCAGAAGGUGCAGGCGUUUGUUAAUUAUCGCUUGUGGAACAAGUUAUCACACAGGACUGGCGACACGGCAAAUCCUGGAGGAGCUGACAGAGUUGCCAGUCACAGUGGAACUUUCCAGCGACUUCCUGGAUCGUAGUACACCUGUUUUCCGGGAUGACGUGUGCUUUUUCCUCAGCCAAUCAGGUGAAACUGCGGACACUUUAAUGGCCUUGAGGUACUGCAAAGGGAGGCGAGCCCUGACUGUUGGCAUCACCAACACAGUGGGCAGCUCAAUCUCCCGAGAGACUGACUGUGGCGUCCACAUCAAUGCUGGACCAGAAAUCGGCGUGGCGAGUACCAAGGUCUACACAAGCCAGUUUGUGGCACUAGUGAUGUUUGCUCUCAUGAUGUCCGAAGACCGGAUUUCCAUGCAACAGCGACGCAGAGAGAUUAUUCAUGGCCUCCAAAAUCUCCCAGACCAAAUAAAGGAAGUUCUGAGCUCAGAUGAGGAGAUCCAGAGAUUAGCAAGCGAGCUGUAUCAGCAGAAGUCUGUGCUCAUUAUGGGCCGUGGUUAUCAUUAUGCUACUUGCCUGGAGGGGGCGUUGAAAAUUAAGGAGAUUACUUUCAUGCACUCGGAGGGAAUCCUGGCCGGAGAAUUAAAGCAUGGCCCGCUGGCACUGGUGGACCAUCGAAUGCCUGUCAUCAUGGUGGUCAUGAGGGACCCCACGUUUGUCAAGUGUCAGAAUGCAUUGCAGCAAGUGGUGGCACGUCAGGGGCGUCCCAUCCUGAUUUGCGAGAAGAAUGAUGAGGAGACCAUGAAGAAUGCUUACCGUGCAGUCAAGGUUCCCCACACAGUGGAUUGUCUGCAAGGAAUCCUCAGUGUUAUCCCUCUCCAGCUUCUAGCUUUCCACCUCGCUGUGCUCAGAGGCUAUGAUGUGGAUGACAACAAGCGACUGAGGAAGAUUGAAGCAGAUUACGUGCCAAUGUGAGUUGGUAUGUGAACCGUGAGGCUGCAUAAUGGCUAGAGACUGUGUCCAUUUUCUGGGGGCUGAGCACGCCUUACUGGAAGCAGGAGCAAUGUUCACAGACAAUUCAGUUUACUCUUAGUUUGUAUUUUUGGGCAACAGGAAUUCUUUUGUCAACAAAAUGUAAUGAAACUUUCAGGAAUACAUUGGCCUCAAUCAUAUGGGGCACAGAAUAGCUUUCUAGUCUAUUAUUUCCUAAUGCUUGGAACAUUUUUAAAAGCUCUUUCAUACCAAAUUGUUUAGCCACUGUAGUGGAGGCAGUAUUUUUAAAAACCUCACUGACAGUGUGAUGAUUUUAGUGAGGCCAGCACAAAUGUGCAGCUGGGAAAUGGAAUUGUGUUUACGUCAACUUCCUCCAUUUAAGUUUGUUAGAUUUUUGCUUUAAUUCCUUGUUUUCCCACUGCUGUUUAUUUUUCACGCUGAGGAGCAUGGAUGACCUCCAGGGACAUUUGAAUAAACAUAGGAAUGCUGAAAUGGGACGUCAGAGAGCUGUACUGCUCGGAAACAGACCCUUUGGUCCCACUCGUCCAUGCUGACCAGAUAUCCUAAAUUAAUCUAGGCCCAUUUGCCAGCAUUUUGAAACAUGAGGUCCUUGGUGAAACUUGGUUCCUGGACAGAGGAUGUCAAUCUCCUCCAGUCAAUGAGGAUUUUAUCCGUGCAGGAAAAUUGUGGGGAGUACAAGCUCAAAUUCAUUGAUAAUGUGCUCCUGCCUGUAAGACUUCCCACCAGGAGACCAGAUUCAUAAAGCUGCCUCCUAAUGCUGAUAAAUCUACUCCCCUAGAAUGCAUGACAUAACUCCCAAAGUUUUUCUGUAGGUUUAAAAUUCCUUUUUAUUUUGUUGACCUGCAUUAAUACUGAUUUUAAGUCUGACUUGCUGUUCACUCUCUGAACACUGGAAAGCGUACUGCAUUAUUAUACAGAUUAUCCUUGGGGAAAUAAUCCACAGGGGGCUUUCGAUAAAUAUUCCUUUGCUUCUGCCACUGCCUCAUGCAACGCACUAACUUUUAACCCUUCUUUGCCCUUCCUGCAAAAGGUAUUUCGAAUUUUACAGAACUUCAUUUCAAAGUUUCGGCAGAGAUCUGUAGUUCGGGUUGUGGGUGAAGUUGUAGACUGGCUCGCCGAGCUGGCUUGUUGUCAUUCAGACAUUCUAUCCCCAUGCUAGAUGACGUCAUCAGCGAGGCCUCCGAUGUAGCGAUGUUAUUCUGCUCCGCUUGGAAUUUAUACUCUUUGGUCCGUUAUGGAGAGUAGUGCCAUUUCUGGUCUUGAUCUGUGUGGGCUGCAUAUGGGCUCCAAUUCAGUAUGUUUGUUGAUUGCAUUAUGGGUGGAGAACCAUGCUCAAGGAAUUCCUGUGCAUGUCUCUGUUUGUAUUGGGCUACUAUGGUUACUUUGUCCCAAUUAAACUGAUGAUCUUUAUUGUCUGAGUGUACCGAUAUUAAGGAGAGUUUGUCGUACCAUUUUGCUGCUAUUUGUUCAUGUAUUCUGGUGGCUAGUUCCUUUCCAGUCUGUCAUAGUAGCCACAGUUGCCCAAGCCAAACUUGGACAUGCAUGGGAAUUCCUAGAGGCAUGAUUCUCCACCCAUAAUGCAAUCAACAAACACACUGAAUUGUAUACAAACCCAUUCAGAUCAAAACUGGAAAUGACAGUAUUCACGGUAACGGACCAAAUACUAUAAUUCCAGGCACUUCAUCGACAGCUGCGCCGACAAUGUCACCUAGUAUAGUGACGAAACAUCUGAAUGAGAACAAGCCAAGAACGGUGACCAAGUCGGCCAUCUCAGAAUUUCAUUUAUUUUAUGUUAUCAUCAAAAUCGCUGUUUAGUGAAUGCUUCCUUUAGUGAAGCCAGAAGAAUGAUCUCUCAGCCUGCAUAAUUGAGGGAUUCCAAAUUAACAAGUACUAUGCUAACCACUAAAUUGUUAAGUCGUGACUACUGGACAGGCCUCCUUUUCUUGCUUUGGGAGGGGGAGCAGGGUCAGUGCCUUGAGAAAGUCAUUCUUCGUGUUUGUUAGUUACCUCAACCUGCCUAAUCUCUCCACCUCCUCCAGCUACCUCCCUCUCUCUCUCAGUACCCCCCCCCCCCCCCCCCCCACCCCCCAAACAGUGCUUGUGGUACAUUGCACAAGGGAUCACCCUUCUGUUGGCUGGCUAUCCACUAGUUACUCCACUGCCCCAGUCAGUCAUGUCUGCAUUCUGAGUGGGCGCUAGAACCCUGGUUAACGUGGCCUAAGCUCCUGCCCACCUCCCCCUGCCCUCUCUGAUACAAUGGAUAACAUUCCCUAAAAUCAGUAAGUGACAGUAAUACAUUAUCCACAUGAACUAACAGCAUAACUGGAACAGAGUACUCCUACCAUUAUCUGAUACUUGCACCCAGCUACAUCUUAACACAAAGCAGGACAAAGCGCUCCAUCCACCUGCUUAAACAUUCACUCCUUCCACCACCAGUGCUUAGCAGCAGCAGUUUGUAUCACAUUGAUAAGAUACACUGCAGCAAUGCACUAAAACCCCAGUGACACUGCCUUCCAAAUAUAUGUAGAAUUGUAGCAUUCCUAAAGUCUAGAAAGAGGCCAUUUGGCCCAUUGUGUCCACUCUGACUGUCUGAAGAGCAUCCCACCCAGACUCAGCCCCCACCCAGUCCCCAUAUAAUCCCACAUUUACCCUGGCUAACCCACCUUGCCUGCACACCCCUGGACACUAUGGGGCAAUUUAGCAAGGCUGAUCCACCUAACUUGCACAUUUUUGGAUGUUCUGCUUGCUUGGUGGGACAAAGUAGGUGCAAGUACCAUCACCUGUAAGUUUUCCCUAACCUCACACUGCAUCCUGAAUGAGUGUAGAUCACCGUUCCUUCAUUGCUGGGCCAGCAUCUUGCAACUCCCUCCAUAACAGCACUAUGGUUGUCUCUACACCAGCUGGGCUAUGGUGGUUCAAGAAGGCAGCUCACCACCACCACCUCAAGGGCAAGCUAGAAUCUUUAAUCAAUUCCUACUUUACCAGUGAUGCCCACAGCCGAAGGAUGAAUAAAUUUAAAAAGUAAUACCAUUGUGAAGCUUUCUACCUUCUUAAAAAUCAUUUUGAUAUCUUUCUUUCCUUUUUUCUCUUCUAAUUUCCAGUUGCAGUCCAUUCUUCACUAUCCUUUCAUGAGGGCCAUUCUCCAUGAUCUUUUAAUUCAUGCUGUCUGACUCGAGGUCAAAUCCUCCCACAAACUCCCCUCAAUCUCCAACAGUUCUACAUUGUUACAGUCUCGAUUUGUACUCCCAGAUUAAAUGCACAGCUUCGCAACAUGGUACGAUGUAAUACUGUGACGAUGCAAAUUAAUACACUUCUGGAAAGGCGUUGCCCUUUUACUGGAAUGUUGGAAUUCUCUAGAGCCAAUCUGGAUAUUUUACAUACAGUAGUGAAUUUGUUAAACUACCUCUGAUGUGCAUUAAGAACAUGAACUUUACACGUGGCACAACACUGUAAUAAGUAAAUUGAGAGAUUUUUUUUUGCUGAUUGCAGUUUUGCAGAGAGCGGUGGAAGUCUCUAGUUUUUUCUGCAUCUAUUCUUCCCCAUUGCCCUGCAGCUGAGGUCCUGGCGACAGUUGUUUUUUUGUGCUGUGAAGUAAAUGAGAGUCACUGGCCUACAGUAACAGGGGAACAGCAAGUCUGAAUAGUAGUGUGUAGUGCCUACAAACAAAACCAGGGGGUAACAACAGGCUUGGCGUGGAGUCUAGGGUUUCUGAGAGCAGACUGUUGUCUGGAGCCUGUCAAGUUUGUACUACAAGCAACCUCCUCUCCCAGAAGCAUAUCCUGGCUUGCUUCCUCUAGUAUUUUAAUCCCUGUUUUAAAAAGGGUUCUCAAUUUACCGAUUGGAAUCACCAAGUUAUAAGGAGGAUAGAGUCACUCCUUGACUAGAACCUCUUUUGGCUGCUUUUGAACUUCAAUUUUUCUCUCUCAUGGAGGAGGCUAAUGCCAUUACACUUGAACUCAUGUUUGUCUAAAUCCACAAAGUUUGAGAGUAGGGGGUAGCUGACACAUAGCAACUCUCUGCUUGGGGUGCAUUGUAUGUGUACACAGCUGUAAAGGAGGUGGGUUUGUGCAUUUUUCUCAACAAUGUGGAUGGCUUUGUAAGAUCAAUUUAAAUAAAACUUUAGA